AGCUGGAGAAGCAAACCUGGCAACCGGGCAGCCCGACUGGCAAUGCGGAAAUAGAUCUGGCACCCCCGAGCGCGCACUGAGGAGAGGAGCGAGCCGAGAGGAGAGGAACCACAGAGAUAACAAAAAAAACCCAACAACUAUUUCUUUCCUCUGCUUCUUUUUAGUUUUUGAAUUGAAGCGCUCAGGUGCGCUCUCCUGCACCGGCUGGGCUUUUGAUCCAGCAUUUCUUGUUUUUAAGUUUGAGAGGAAGAUUUUUUUUAAUCGUUUGGAAUCGGGACUUCUUUUUACUGACUUUUCUUUUUUCUUUUUCCUGCAUCAAGCAUGGAUGUGUUGGCGAAUUACAGUAUUUUCCAGGAACUCCAACUCGUCCAUGACACUGGGUAUUUCUCCGCGAUGCCUUCCCUGGAGGAGAACUGGCAGCAGACAUGUCUGGAGUUGGAGCGAUACCUACAGACGGAGCCUAAGCGACUCUCAGAGAUCUUCGAUGAGGAGCUGGAUUGUCUCUUAACACCGGCGUUCAUGCAGGGCAGUGAGAGCGAUGAGGACCUGAUGGACCCCCUUCUCCCCACCCUGCCGGAGCAACCCAGUCCGCCUCCACUACUUGUUACUCUCCCCAAGGUCCCAGCUAAGAUCCUCUAUGUGCCAAACCCCAGCAAGACCCAAGCAGAAGCAGGGACUGAAACCCCCACGACCAAGGAGCAAGUCCUCGGAGGAGUCAGCGCCGCACAGCUUAGUGCUGCCGUUACAUCCCUAACGCCGCCGUCGUCACCCGAACUCGGCCGCCACCUCGUCAAACCCACACAAACACUGACUGCGACGGCAGACGGUACCUUAACACUCAAAUUUGUGGCAAAGAAGGUGGGAUUAGGGGCUGCAAAGCUGGUGGCAGCACGGGCGUUACCGUCCCCGCCAAGCAGGGGAGGGACAGUCAGUGACAGCGAGCAGGGAGGAGGAGGAAGUCUGGGAGGAGACGUACCAGAGAACAAGAAGAGAGUCCACCGGUGCCAGUUUAAUGGCUGCAGGAAGGUUUACACCAAGAGCUCCCAUCUAAAGGCCCAUCAGAGGACCCACACAGGUGAGAAGCCCUACAAGUGCUCAUGGGAGGGCUGCGAGUGGCGUUUUGCCCGCAGUGAUGAAUUGACACGACACUACCGCAAACACACCGGAGCGAAGCCAUUCAAGUGCAACCACUGCGACAGGUGUUUCUCCCGGUCGGACCACCUGGCCCUGCACAUGAAGAGGCACAUCUGAGGGUGAACAGAAAAUGAGCGGGAGAGGGGAAGAAGUAGGGGGAGGAAGAAGAGGAGGAGGAGGAGGAGGAGAGUUCAGAGGAGAGAGGGAUGGGCAGUCGAGCCGACCGCCCGCCUCAUUCACCCCAUCCAAAAAAAACAUGUCGGCAUCCAUCUGAGAUGGCCGUAGAGAUCAAACGGCCCGACGGCCUUUUCCAUCGAAGAAGAUGAGGGUGACUGGAGGAAAACGAGGAGUAGCUAGAUUGUUGUUUUUCUUAAAAAUUACACACUCACACACUUGCAAUAGAAAACAGUUCACACACCUGUCUUGAAUGCAUCAUCCUGGUGACCUCGAGCCGCAGUCAUGUGGCUCUGGGGGAUUGGACACUGCCAAAUCAACAUAUACUCGCUUGCCGAAAACAUAAUGCCACCUUUUUUCUUUCUCUGUAUUCAGUGUUUUUUAACCCAUAAAAUCACUUUGGGUGAGGAGUUAGUUCAGUGGGUAAACUUUAAAUAUCCGUAUAGUCAGUUGUUUGUGCUUUAGCAGCUUCUGAAAUCAAAUACUCAACUUUUUUUCCUUUGUUUUUUACUGUUUUUCAUACACGGACUUUAAGAAACCAUCAUCUGCUGCAGUCAGCUUCAGUAAUCUAUGUGAGGAAAACAACAAAGCCAAAUCUGCAGGAGAGAGACUUUACAGAUUGACUUCUAGCAUGGCUGACAAUCGAACCCAGGGCUCAGACGCUGGGUGUUUUGGUGAACCCAUGGGGCUUCGGUCAGCGGGCGCUACUGCAACUCUCAGGCUCUCCUUCAGCGGGUGUUUGCAUCUCACCCUCACCGAGACGCCUGCCGCCUCCGCAGGCUACCUGACAGAAAUGCGCAGCGACACUUUCUUCCCUUUUUUUCUACUAAGAGGACAAUAAUUCUUCUUGUUGUUAUUACAAAGAAUGAUACUUUGUUCUUUUCUCUUUCGGAGAAAAUGUCUUAAAACUCACUGAAUUGUUGUUAGAGAGAAAAAAAAAACUGAGAAUCUAAGAUGACUUCAACAGAAUGUGUGGGAUGAGAAGGAGAGCGUUGUUGGUCUUCUAAUCCCCAUGUGCACUGACUCUGCCUCUGCGGCCUGUAAGCAACCAGAGGAUGAACGAAAACCAGAAUCACACGACCCUCGGAAAAUGGAUUUGUAUUUUUAUUUUGGACUAAAAUCAAAGAGGAAAGCAGAAGUGUCUUCGGUUUGUUGUGCUGCUCUUUCUGCUCAACGAUUCACGAAAGCUGAAAAACACAACCUUGUCCUGACCCUCCGUGGAAUCACACACCAGCGGAGUCAGACUCGCUGAAAACUGGAAUCUUGUUUGUGUUGUUUUUUGGUGUGGGGGGUUUCGUUGAUUCUGAAAGUCAUCCUGGAGCGCUUUCACAGAAUCUAAGAUCUCAUCUCACUGGCCGCACUGGAAGGCCAGAAAUGAGGCCGCAGUGCUGCUGUUUCACGUGGGACGGAAGACGCCAACCAACCUCUAGGUGGUGGAACCGAACAGACGCGGUCACACCGGCCCACCGGUCCAAUUUGCCUGUUUCGUAUCCAUUGACUGCACUGACUUUUUUUUCAAUGUUAUCUGUGCUUUUUUUUUCUACAGCGAAAAAUAUGGAAAAAAAUAAAAACGAUGGAAAAAAAAAUCAUAAAAAGGUUUGAAAAAAUACACUACAAAAACAAUGCUGUCUCGCUCUACACUUUGCAUACAGAACAAACACACAUACUCCGUCCACACACACACACACACACACACACACACACACACACACACACACCCACACACACACACUCACACUGCAGUUUCUUUGCUCAUGGCUCUUCUCGAGAUAAGACUAAUAAGAUUUAGGAAAAUAAUUAUUAAACUAAUGAACGGAGUUGGAAAACAAAACACUGCAUGGCAGGCUUUAUUGCAAAUGCACACACACACCAGCUCAUGACGACACACACACACACACAUGCACACUCUUCCUGGAAUUAUAUGUUCUGCUCCCAAAUCUUUUUUCACAGUAGGAAUUUAGCGACUGUUGUUUAGUAGAAGAGUAUCUUAGCUCUCAGCUGGAGGUAACAAACGAUUUCAAAUCCUUUGAAGUGAGAAAUCAGCUUGUUCCCAGUUCCAACAAUCACCCACAUAUCCUCUGCCACAGUUUGUGCCUCUCAUUUAAUCAGCGUUUUUACCUCCAACUCUGGUUACAUCGUUGGUUACGAUUGAGUGCAUGAGCCACUUUUUUCAGCAAAGAAUAAAUCAGAGUGAAACAACUGCAGCAGGUCUUUAAGCCAAAUUUAAAACAUGUUGGCAUUUCACAUCCACAUUCCUGUCAUGGAAAGUCUUGGAAAAAAUAACUAAAUUGAUUUCAGGCAAACUGUCUUCAGGAUCACAAACAUUGCAAAUUUUAAACAUAGACUGUAAAUAAAGAUGGACGACGUGUCUUCACUUCCUCCGACUGUCCAGAUACGAAGCCAAAAUAUCCCAGAAACGAAUGCUGCCAUCUUGCGUCCGAUACACGCACCCAUUACGAGUCAGUCUCAGCUGUCAAUCCAGACGAUUCACCCUGUUUUUAAAUCAUCAAAUAACUAAUUAGACGGUCGCUCUGGGAGCACGUACCUCCUCCCAGGCUAAUGCCCUAACUCUCCAUGUCAAAACAGUGUUUCCCAUUAAUUAUCUAGACUGUGUCAUAUUCUAAUUUGUCCCGCCACAGUUCACGUCUACCCCCCGUUACUGUCAUGAAUUAAACUAAUUGAUAAUUAAUUCUUUUUAUGGAAAACCUAACCUCAUAAAGAAAGAGAUUAAGACCAAACUUACUGGGAACGUGAACACUUCAGUGUGAUGAACAACAUAAAAUGACUGAAAACAUCUUUGAGAAAAAUGUAUUUGGCGUGUACUUUGACUUUUCAGUUUGGUCCAUGUCCCGUCCAUCAACAUGGAGGAUGGGAGGUAGCAAUCUAGACGCUUUGGCUUGACUUUUGGGUUAGCUGUCAUGUCGUCCUUGUUGUUUAUACAGUCUAUGAUUUUACACUUUUCUACUUAUCAACACACAAAGAAGCAUAGCAAAGUGCUUAAUAAGGGAAGAAGCUAGCGUGAGGCUAACUUAUGCGGAGCUCUUGGAGAAUCAUGAACAUGUCUUCACAUUUAUGCUUUGCUGAAAAUAGUGGCUCAUCUCUGUGAAUUUCCUGAAUGCAGAUUAAAUAAAAUCAAAAUCUCAAAGUUAGAAGAUAAAACAUGAGAGGUGGAAACUGGUGCGAGCACAUAUCCACACAACCUGCUUCCUUUGAUCAGUGGUUGCGUGGAAAUAAAUAAACCUGCCUCGCAAUCAGGGCAUUACUGACAACCAACAUCAGCAGUAGCACUGACACUGCUGGUCCAUCCGCCCACCACCACCUGCAGGCCCUGUAGCGCAUGCAAACAGUCUAAUGCUCGCUGCUGCUGCUGCUGACUGGUGUAGGCUGGGUGAGGGUGCAAGGUUCCUGAAGCUGGCAGGAGAUUUCACAUCCCGUCGUGCCCGGUCGCCGUGCCAGUUGGCCUUGCCAGUCCUCAUUAGGUGAAACAGUGAAAACAUUCCCCUUCAGGGGGGGUUUAUGGUGCAGCUUCGAACAAUCGAUACCAAAAACCUCCAGCACGGAACUGCCCUUUAGCCACGGGCAGAAUCUCCCCAGUCAGGAGAGAUCAGCGGGGAACCGCCUCCGUAUGAGGCCUCUGUAUCCAGCGGCAGCUUUCUCUACUAACUGUCUUUCUGCUAAAUAUGACACAAAUCAACCCACGUAUGAGAUGAAUCCAGUGUUUCAUGUUUGAUUUCAUUUCAUUUUUACUGUUUGUUUUUUCAGUGACAAAAUCUGUAUCGAUGGUUGUUUUCUUCAGCUUGGAAGAUGCAAGGUCACGCCAAAAUGUUGAGACAUGCAGAGGGAUGUAGAAGGACGUACAAUCACAGAGGGAUGGGGAUCGUAGCACUUUUGAUGGAAUGAAUGUGUAUUUGUGUGUGUGUGUGUGUGUGUGUGUGUGUGUGUGUGUGUCCCAUUAGGCAAACUGUGAGGGAAGCAGUGAUUAAGCAAAAUGGUUGAUACCAGAUUUCUUUUAACUGUGCAACCACGUGGGAGAAAUGCUUUUAAUCAAAGCAAUGGCCUACAAUGUGUUCAUGAGGUUUUUUGCUCUGUCCGUUCAUUCAUUGAUGUAUUUAUACAAGUCAUGGAGCCCGAUGACUUAAGUCAAAGAGAUGCAAACUUGCACUUAAUAUUGAAGCACGUUAAAAUCAGACAGAUUAAUUAAAAUAACUAUUUUCUUUUUUUCCUGCCCCCAAAUCUCAGGAUUUGUUAGAAUUGUUCUGAUUGUCAAAAAACGGAUGAAGUAAUAAUAAUAGGAGUAUCCAAAUGUAAAUCAGAUCUUAAAAUAUCUCAUCUGCUGCCCUGUAGUUUGAUCAUUUCAUUAACAAAGGAAGUCAGAUGCAAAAUCAGCAAGUCAUUUGCAUUUUGUACUCGUUUUCCCCGACACUUUGUAAAACCUGACGCGUCCUCUAAGCUGCUAAUAUCCCAAGAGAACCUGAUGUACAGACGAGAGUGGAUCAGUGUCAUCUUGCAGCUGGAAACAAACGUUUGCCUGCUCGCUAAAUUACAAUUAAAGUUAGAAAAUUGCUUGAAUUGAUCUUCUCCUUUUUUAAAUUAACAUAUUUGUAGAUGAAAAACCAAUAAAUUGUGAAUAAAAUGAGCCUUAAGUAGAGUUUAAGAGAAAGUGAGACUUUCAGCACAUUUCUGCGAAACAAAUGUCCCCCAAAACUAUGUAAACGUACCAGAUUGUUGAUUUCAUUCACAGGUUUAAAGCAUAAAUGUAAUGCUACAUUGAAAUCGUGUUGCUGGCAAGACUGAAGCGACUAAUAGUUUCUCUCCUCUUUAAUUAAAAUCCCUCUCGACAUGUGGCAGAUCUCAAAGUCACUUACGAUAUGAACUCACAUUUCGUUCCCUCCGUGUCUCUCGGCCUGAUGAAGCAGAUUUUCUGUCCCUGUGUUUUGCUCGGGGGUCUCCUGUCGUCUCUCAGCCUGCUCCGGGGCCAGUUAGCGGCCGUCCCACCGCUCUGAUUAGCAUGAAGCACUUCCAGGUCCUGUUCUCUGGAUGCAGUUCAGCUAAUGAGUUAUCGCUCUGGGUCACAGGGAAACUCAGUGGUCUGGGGAAAAAAAAGACACACCAGUGACCUUGAGCCAGGACUGUAACCAGAAGUUGAUGCAGGAGAAACAGAAUACCCCGUUGCAAAUUCAUUAUGAUGAACAAAAGGAUUUCAGAAAUAAUUUAGCCAUGUGCAAAUCUUUAAAUCAGCCCUUGCUUUUUAUUCAUGUAUUGCAGAUUCAAUAAAUUACGAUUUAUCUGCAAAGUCCCAUCAGAUAUUUAAUCUUGAAUCCCACGACCCUCCAUCAUCCUCCCCAGUUGAAGUGCCAUCCGUGUUUCCCUCCAUCCUGACCCCCAUCGCUCCCUCUCUGUCCACAGCAGUUGUCCAUGCACUAUAAGCUGCAGGAAUGCUGAAUGCACACUUUACACAUUUUGCCCAAAGAUUUGCAUAUUUGCAAGUUAACUGCUGUGAAUGUAGUGGAUGUGGAGGGAACGAGCCGAGAGGCAGGGACGCAGAAAAUUAGCGACGGAUUGGAAGGUGGAAGGAGAGGGAUUGUUUUUUUCCCCGUUUUUUUUUCUUAAACUCUUGUCCCAUUAAAUCUUAAUUACCGGUUUGCUCCGAACCUUCAUGCUUCGUAUCAUUCUCGUUCUCGGGUCCACUGUCAGCUGGAGCCAGACUCAUUGUUCACAAAUGUAAAAUAAUGUUCUCAUGGUCUUAUAGGGUGCCCGCUAUAGUGGCGCUAGCAGCUUAAGCAGGAGUGAAGUAGCUUUAGUUAAAGUUAGUUUCUUAGCACGCUGCAAAUAGCACUAAUCAAGUCUCAUAUUUCAGAGUAAAAGGUGGACUGGAGAUUUUGGGAACCAAGGUUUUAUCACAUGACUUCAUCAUCCCCAUGCAUCAAAUGGUCAAGAGGAAUCUCCUUUGAGACUAAAGGUGUUUUGACACUGGUGGAUUUUUCCAAAUCUGGGAAUGAUUCAUUUAAGAGCUUGAUAAAUAAGAACUCAAAAAAAGCUUCAGAUGAAUUGAUAGGAUUGCUUUGAGGCCAGAGAGCAGUUUGUACCCAACAAGGCUAAACUUGUCACAAUAACCAGAAGCCCAGAAAUGCUUCUUUGACCAAAUUUCUCAUAUCUACGAGAUGAUGCCCCCUCAAACCCAGUGUGAAACAGCCUUUAGACGUCCUCCUUCUUUGACCACAGGCAGUUGUUUGGGCAUCGUCCUUUGAGGAACCCGACUUCAGUUUCCACAGUUCUCCACCAUAUCCACCCCGAAGUAGGAUUGUUACUUCUGGCAGCUUUUGUAAAUAGCGUGAGAUCUUACGGACCGCUCUGUGUGAAAUUAUCCAGCACCGUCUCAGACAUUUCACCAUUUCUAUAGGUCUACUUUAGUUCUCGCAAACAUUGCACUACAUGAUCAUACUUAGCUUUUGCACUCACCACAUCCGGGCACAGCUAGCAUAGUCUGUUGGAGCACUCAGAAAUCCACUUAACAUUUGUUACACACGUCCAGGAUGCACUUUGCCACCAAGAACCAUUUACAAUGGGUCCACUCGCAAUAGAUCCGACUGAGAUAUCAGAACCUUCCAGUGCAAUGCCUUUUUCAUCACCGCCAGUCUGGGGGAUACUUUACACUCAGUCCAGCUGUGACUUGGUUGAACUUUCUUGGUAUCACUCGCAUCCCGGAGUGUCUGUCUGUCUGUCUGUCUGUCUGUCUGUCUGUCUGUCUGUCUGUCUGUCUGUCUGUAAUACUGUGUCUGUCCAUGCUUGAUGUGUCAGUAUAUAAGAGAUUCACAGAUCCUUUACUCCUCCCGUUGUGUCUGUCUGUUCUUACCCACCUCACCCUACCCCUCUCCAACUGGAGCCACAACCGUCAGAGCCCUCAGGGGCCCAGCUCACCGAUAGUCCUCAGAUAUCCAGCUCUACUUCUCAAGAGCCAUGCAGCUUGAGAGCUCCAAGCAGUUCUUUGGUGAAACUGCAAUAACUUUUCCAGCUAAAUGUCCUCGGUCAGUCGACCCGUCCUUGCAGGUGCUUUUCCAUCUCAGUUCGUCGCUGAUGCCUGAUGCUUUCUCGUUAAGUUCUUGUAGAUGAAGAACUACUUUUUGGAGUUUGGCCCAUUGGUUUAUCUUUAUCUAUGUAUGUGCAUGAGGAUUGGUACCAAACAAUUCUGUUUGUCUUUUGAAAACACAGUAGCUCCAUCCUGCAACAGAUUACAGCAUCAUAUCAAUCUUGGCCAAUUACGAAGAUAAAACUUUGACUAAUGGAAUCUGUCCCAAUUUGAUCAGGUGAUUAAAUUGUCAUCUGUUCCUGUGCAACAACACAAAUAAUUCUAAAUUCAUAAACUGUUCAUACUUGUUUACUUUCAUACUUAUGUCCAUCAACAACAAGUCACUGCUCUCCAGCUGUUUUUUUAGGACACAGGAAAAGAUUCAAUAUUUUCUCUGGUGCCAAACAGAACUUGUAGUUAUUGUUGAUCAAAAUAGAGGUUUUAAGAUGAUAAAUUAAAUUUGAAAAAGUUUUAAAUUUGAGUUUCAUGCAUGAUGUUUGUCUUGCCGAAAUGGAGGAUGCUGUGAAACUGUAUUAAAUGGGAAAACCUCUGCACUUCAUCUUGCACGUAACAUAUUAUCAUAACCAACAAGAAUAAGAGACAAAAGUGAUGAAAAAGAUUCAAGAGAUUUUAUGUACAUAGACCGAAAUUCUUACUUUGCUAGUUCUCCAAUAAAAGAUUUAACACAAAAAUAAGAUUAAACACAGAUACUUGCAGCAGGUUUGUUAAGUUAUUUCAGUCUUUUAGCUUUAAAGUAAUAAAUAUCAGCCUCCACAUCGACUCAAACAGAAAUCUGGAGACACAGAAUGGAUUUUGGUGCCAAUUCUCAUCCUAACGUAUUGUAAAAUUGACCAAUCCCCAGAUGUCAUGUGGUGAAAGAUGGUAUUUAAGCCCCUUCAUAUCCAGUGUGUGUCCAUAGUCUGUUAAAGAAUCACAACUGUGUGUUUUCUGGGAUGAAUAAGACAAAAGUGAAGAAGAUGGCAGACGUGUUUUCACCAUCUCGACAUCUCCGGGGCUCUGUAACCCUGACACCUCUCAUAUCAACCUGGGAUCACUCUCACCCGCCGUCCUCUCCUCUGUCACUGUCACAUCUGUUGAGUGUUUUUCUUUAUUUUUUUUUUCAUUUUGAGUUCUCUUACGAUAUUUUCCUGUACAAAGUGUUUAAAAUAUUAUUUGUAUUAUAUGAUGUUAGUAUGGUAAUGUUCUUUAUUAAGGAAGAAGAAAAAUUUAUUUUUGUUACUGGUCUGUUUCAUAAUUCUUUUCUAAAUUGGUAUUGUAAGAUAUCUAUGCAAGAACUGUUAAGUGGAGCAUUUUUAUUUAAGAAUGUAAUAUGUGUAAUAAAUGGUAGAAUCUG